CGAAAACAACCGUGUGCAUGAUCACGGGAUUUUGGCCGUGUUUUACGUUAAAUUACUGUCCUAAUCGUGAUCAAAUAUUCACAAAAACACGUCCGGGAUAAUCUUGACAUCACCAGGAAUAAUUUGAUCACGGGAUGUAGCCGAUUUCUGGUUUUCUGUGUGGUCUUAUUUGGGGAUAUCCGAGAUGGUUGUCCUACAGUGCAGUACCUGCCAAAAAUGCACUGGGCAAAUUUUGGUGUACCUAUACCUGUAAAUAAAUAUGUGCACACACUGUGUACAUGGAUACGUGCAGUAGGGCUUCAUAAGGUUAGAAUUACACAGGGGUUAUUGGCAAAAUAGCACGAUGCUUAGUUCUAAUAGAACCAAACCGCCACAGGAGCAAGCGCUGCCCACAAAAAGCCCCCAAAAGAAAGAUGCAAGACAUUGGAAUAACAGAAUCAAAGAAAGUAUCGUGGCCGCAAAUAUUGAGAAUGGUAGUCUCAACAUUGAAGUAAAGGGAGGCUCUGACAGUGGCAUGUUUUCCUUCAUCGGUGAACUGCGUCAAGAUAAAGUGAAUUAUCAUAGUGGGAAGUUACACACAGAUGAUGUUGUGAUUGAGAUUCAUGGGCAGAAAGUUGCUGGAUUUACACUCAGGGAUACGGAGGCGUGGUUAGGUCAUGUCAGUCAGAACGGUUCACCAGUUAUGAUCAAAACAGUCAAGCAAGGAUUACUUCCAAAAGACCUACGACAGUAUUUGAACACCCGGUUUCAGAAGGGCUCCGUCGAUCAUGAUUUGCAGCAGACAAUCCGAGAUAAUCUCUACAUGCGGACGGUGCCAUGUACAACACGAACACCUCGUCCAGGUGAAAUCAAUGGCAUGGACUAUACCUUCCUCUCCAUGGAUGAGUUCAUGAGUCUGGAAAAAAGUGGAAAUCUGCUUGAAAGUGGUAUUUAUGAUGGUAACCACUACGGCACACCGAAGCCUUCCAAAGAUGCUGCCACCCCGUUAUUCCGUCGCACUAACUCUUCUGGUAAUCUGCUUCCCGGCGCCCACCCAUCAUCUGAAGGCAAACGGCGCCGUAACCGGUCCCAUGUUGAGAUGUCACCAUUAAAGUCCCCAUCACCUCCACCAUUAACACGACCCAAGUCCAUGGAAGGUGCAGAUGACGAUCUUGGUGCACUGCCAUCGAACUGGGAGUUGGCACUCACAGAAGACGGCCAUCCAUAUUAUAUUGAUCACAAUUCGGAGACGACCCACUGGUUAGAUCCACGCCUUCAGUCCGUCCAGAAGACCACGCCUGCUGACUGUGAUGAGGACGACCGUUUGGCAUCGAUCUCUUUGUGUUCUAGUAUCACGAUAACGCAUGAGUUACCUUAUGGGUGGGAGAAGGUGGAAGACCCACAUUACGGAACUUAUUUUAUAGACCAUGUUAACAGAAGAACUCAGUACGAAAAUCCUGUGUUAGCCGCCAAAAGGGACAAAUCAGAGUUGGGCAGUGAUACGAGCGGUACUGGUAGUUUGCCGCGGUCGAAGAAGGAUUCAGUGAUAAAUGGUCGCGGAUCGCCCCCAGCCUAUAACAGUAACACUAGCAAUCGCCGUGCUCUCUUUACCAAAAAUCCCUCCGAGUUGAAGGGACAGUUCUUAAAGACAACCUUAAUGAAAAGUCCAAGGGGGUUUGGAUUCACAAUUGUUGGCGGUGACGACACUGAUGAAGACUUCCUACAAGUCAAAAAUGUGGUUCCUGAUGGGCCAGCCUAUGCAGAUGGGAAAUUAAGACAAGGUGAUAUUCUUGUCCACGUUGAUGACACUUGUGUUCUUGGCUUCACGCACCAGGAUGUAGUGACAAUGUUUCAGUCGAUACCUCCAGGUGAAACGAUCGUUUUAGAAAUAUGCCGCGGGUACUCCUUACCAUUUGACCCUAAUGACCCCAAUACAGAAAUAGUCACGACAGUGGCAGUGACACUACCUAGUUCCUCUGUUGCGAACACGCCAACUUUCUCGAAAAAGAAUUUCGGCUUACGGAACGGUGUAUUAAAUUCCUCGCAACGGAGUGUGAAAUCUAUGCCGGAUAUAACUAGUGCCUCUAUGGAUAUGCAAUCAGACUUGUUAGACAGGGUUAAUCAGUUGGACUUGGCCAAUCAAAGUGCUCCACCGGACGUUCUAAAUGCGGCGGUAACAAAACCAGAAAUUCUGACGGUGUACAUUGUACGUGGUAAUAUGGGUUUUGGGUUCACAAUAGCGGAUAGUCAGUACGGGCAAAAAGUCAAACAGAUUCUGGAUAAGCCCCGAUGUAAGAACUUGCUGGAGAGCGAUAUUCUCGUUGAGAUUAAUCAGGUGCGUGUGAAGGAGAUGACGCAUUCACAGGUGGUACAAGUUCUCAAGGAAUGCCCGAAAGGAGAUGAGACGAGGCUGCUGGUCCAGAGAGGAGGAAUCCCAAUAAAUAAACCCAGGAAAUCUUCUCUGAAAUUGGGUUCUCCCGACUUAGAGAAAGGUCGCUUACCAAGCCAGGGUGGCCAAGUCACAGCACCAGGACAGUAUUUCUUCUCCCCGUCUAACGGCUCACCUCAGAACAUCACUAGUCCAACACAAAGUGCUGCAGCCAUUGAAGCCGGCAGUGAGUCACUCCCUGCCAGUGAAGACCUACCCUCUAAACCUACACCAGCUCCCAAACCUUCCCUCACAAUUGAACCCGUUAUUUCUGCAACCUCCACCACUCGGGUCCUACCUGUUGGUGAAGUCGAGGAGAAACUGAGCGACGAGAACUCUUCUGUGAAGGAGGAGAAAAAAGAGGCGGGCAAGGAGACUCGGAGUAAUAACUCGUCUAUUAGUGUGUCAGAAAAAUCCAGUGAUAGUGCCUCAACGAUACGAGCUAAGACACCCACCCCGGAUACACCAACACCGACCGCAGAUAACAGGCCCAAAACACCAACCCUUCCACUGGCACAACUGCGAACGGAACUUGAUUCACCAUCAAAAACGCCCACUCCUGGAAAUGGUGAAAGAUUGUUGAUAGGGGGCGCUAAUGUGCAAACAGAAAUCAGGGUACAGCCACCCUAUGCUCCGCAGUUACGAGAAAGCAGUGUUGAGGAUGGCCCACUGGGUACGCCACUACAUAGCCAGUCGGCAUCAAACUUAAAUAUGUCAAGGGAAUACACUCAACCACUACCACAUAAUAUUUCUGCUGACUUUGGUGUAAGAUAUCCGGAUUACCCCCGCCAGGAUUCAUUUGGGUCGCGGGGACCCGACGACUAUAAUAGAAACCAGAAUUUUGGACCAGCACGGCCGUCAUGGUCUGACGGUCCUACAAGGCAGGAUUAUGGUGAUUCUAAUUAUUACGGCCGGCAGGAUUAUGAUCCCAGGGGAGAAUUUAGAGACUAUCGCUCAGAAGGUGGUGAUCGUGGGUUUUCACCACGAGAGGAUAACCAGAGAAUCCGCAGUCGGACGCCUGGGCCGGAUAUGCCUUCGAGAAAUCUGGGACCUGAACUUUAUCGAUCAAAAACUCCUAAUCCACAGGAUAUGAGGAGUAAAACUCCGACCAGUGAAUUUGCACCUAAUUGGUCAGGUGACUAUUCUGUUCCUUCUCAUCAUCCUGCGUCCCUCUCAUCGACAUCAUCAUUCAGAUCAUACCAACCAUCUUCCUCAACGUCUUACGUGCCAUACCGACAAAACAGUGACAAUUUGCACAACAGGAAUCGACCUCAGUCGGAAUACAACCAAUCGCAAAGUUACAAUCCGCCUUACUCCAUUAGUGCUUCAAACAAUCAGAAACUUAGUUCAUCCACAUCGUUUCCACCAUCAAAUCAAAAUUAUCCAUCGCCACAAAAGAAUGAAAAUCCGUACCCUGUGGCAUCGUAUCCAUAUCGAAAUCAAAACAGUUUAUCUGCUGCGCCCGCUGUUCAAUUCAGCGGAUCACCACAGACAAAGAAACAGAGCACGUCGUUUGAAAACGAAGUUCCAAGUCCAAGUAACAUGACCAGAAUACAAAGAAUACCAUCCACAUCGUCCACGUCUGAUCCCCUCAGCCGAGGACAGUCAUUAGACUCGAACAAAAGUCCAACGAGGGAGCCGGAGUUCUGGGAGACGACUGUUUUCCUACGGAGGCAUGAUAGUGGGUUUGGGUUUCGUAUUAUCGGAGGCACCGAAGAGGGGUCUCAGGUAGGUCCCGCAAAGGUUUCAGUGGGGCAUAUUGUCCCAGGCGGUGCUGCUGAUGUCGAUGGUCGCUUAAGGACGGGAGAUGAGAUCACAUAUGUCGAUGGUCAUGCUGUGAUUGGCUGUUCACACCACAAGGUCGUCCACUUGAUGGGAAGUGCUGCAUCAGCGGGACGAGUGUCAUUAGGCAUUAAGAGGAGGCUACAUUCAAAUAAUGAUUCUCAAUAUCGUAGCCAGACCCUCAAUGAUGCAUUCCCCUAUGAUGUCACGGUCACCCGCCGUGAAAGUGAAGGAUUCGGUUUUGUGAUUAUUUCGUCUGUGACGAAAUCGGGUUCGACGAUAGGUGAGUUCAUUGAAAAAGAAAAUUGUGAAAAACUGCAGCCAGGACACAAGUGUUCGCCAUGGAUUGGACGUAUCAUCGAGAAAAGUCCAGCAGAACGCUGUGGUCGUCUGCAUGUUGGUGAUCGUAUAUUGGCUGUGAAUAAUGUGGAUAUUAUGAGGAUGCACCAUGAAGAUAUCGUGAACCUCAUCAAGGAUUCUGGGUACUCUGUUACCGUGACGAUCGGGCCGCCGCAAGAUGAUGUCUCAAGCUCAGCUUCUCAAAGGAGUUCUCAAGGCUCUAUGAUCAAUGCCAUGGCCUACCCUGCUGUCAGUGAGAGUGAUAUCUCAUCGAGACGCUCCGACUAUUCACCGUAUCAUGAUAGAUACGUCAACACUACACCAAGAAGAGGACACAGCUUCGAGAGUGCUGACCCACCAGACGAUGAAUAUUACCUUGUCGAGCUGCACCGUGGAUCGCGAGGUUUUGGUUUCUCUAUCCGAGGGGGCCAGGAGUUUAACUGUAUGCCGCUGUAUGUUCUACGCAUCGCGGAAGGAGGUGCUGCUGACUUGGAUCGGCGGUUACGGGUCGGUGACCAGAUCUAUGAAAUCAACAGUUUCAAUACAAACGGUAUGACACAUGCCCAGGCAAUAGAACUCAUACAAAAUGGCGGCUCAACGGUACGAAUGUUAGUCCGGCGAACAAAUCAACCACCGCCACAAAUUGGUGAGUCUGAAUUCCCUGUCUUAUUCAAUUCUUCCAAGUCUCCUGCCACACCCUUAAGGGAACCACAGAAGUCGCCCGGAUUAAGCAUACGUGGAGAUCCAAGCAAGUCCUCAUCACUGUCACUUGUACCCAAAUCCCCUGCACUGCGCCACUCAACCUCCGUUCCCAAUGGGCCGAUCAGCCACAGCUCUCCAAACCUCACACGACGCACCCCCGAGAGAACUAGUCAGUAUGGAAACUAUGCAGAGAUGAAACAGUACGGAACGAUGUACUGACGGUGGGAUGGGGUGGGGCAGGGGUCGAAUCAUGAAUAUCUGUGAAUUGAAAUCUAGGGUCCUGAUGUACAUGAUAUCGGGACUCGAAAGCACAUUGCAGACAAAUUGACUUUAUUGCAACAAUGUGCAGUAUUUAUCAUUGUGACGGGCGAUGAAAUGAUCGCCGUGUGCAGGGAAGUUCUGUCAUUGCUGAUUUGAUGUUGAUUGCGAACCGCAGUGAUGACCAAUUCUUGUGGCAGGCACCUUGGACGACAACCACAGUCAAGCAGUUAUUUGCAAUAGUGUGCAUCACUGUGAUAAAAAUCAUUUGUCUAGUGCGCUUGAGGGAGUAUCGGAUAUCGGGACUCUUAGGCAAUACACUGUGAUCUCCGAUACGGGUUGAAUUGUAAUCAAAACAUUCUUAUUUUCAACUUCUUUUAGUAAACUGUGCGAGACUACCAACAUCUUGUGUACACUUGUGGAUCUGUAGGGCCCUCUCUACAGAUUAGCUCUGUAACCAACAUGAGUGAUGGCCAAGCAUCAUCUGCCACUAGUCCUCCUUUAAGGUUCAGGAGAAAAUGUUCAUAUUGUGAACAUUUUAAAGAGAGAAUUUGAAUUGACGUUGACUUUGACUGAGCUGUAGUUUAGAGUUUUUGUAGCUUUAGGCAUAUUUGCUGCUUCGACUGGGCUGUACAAGAAGGCUGACAUGUCUAACUUAUUUGUGUAAAUAGCUGCUCUGCAUGUAAAAUAAUGGUCACGUUUUUUCUCUGAUAAAUUAACGCUAAGUUACUGAACUCUUAAAAUGUAUGCUGUUCUAUUGAAAAGCAUAUCGUAAACACAACAACAUUGCGUUCUGCAAAACCUGAUAAUUUGCAAUCCUGUGAAAAAGUUUUUCUCAGCUGUGAAGUGUGGGUGACCCAAUACUCCUCAUUUUUCACGCCUACAUCAUGUUCCCUUAACCCAGGUGUGAACUGGCCCACAGGUGACCCUAGGUCUUGUCUGUUACUGAUGUGCCUAAUGGGACACGGAAAUUGUAAAUUGUAUGAUUUUUUUCUUAAUGUAUUUUUGCUUCCAUUUGAAAUGUUAAGUUUUUAUUUGCUUGAAGUAAUUUAUCUGCUGGUUCAGAACAGUUCAUUCAAACCAUAUUGCUGUCACCUUCCAAAGUUUUAUCUUGAGCGCCCCUCUUUAAAAACGACUGCAAUGUUAUGUAUCCUUAUCGUCAAUGAUUACAUAUUUUAGCUUGAUUAUGAUCUUUUAAAUUUAAUGAAUUUGGUUGUUAAAUUUGUCAUAUAAGGGGCGACCAUGUGAUCAGUUGUGAUAUUGUUAAACUAUCGAUAUUAAGAUUCAAGCCGACAUAGUGUAUCUUGUAACUUACCAUCUGUUGACUCCAGACAACAAAACUAAUUUGGUGUGAUUCAAAAUCUUGCAAAUAGGAAGUUACGACUUUGAAGUCAAGCUAAGCAAUGUUUUAAGUGCGUUGCACUGUAAUCGAAGAGAAGUUGAUACAUCAGAAAUAUGCAUUCAGAUUGUUGAAAAAUGUAAUGUAUUUUGGUACACCCUGUGGAAUGUUCCGGUGCCUUCAUGUUUCUUUCAACUACGGUACUUUGCCUUUCUCAGAAGAUUCUAUUGCUGUGUAUAUUAUAUGUAUGAUUAUAUAUACUUGUGUAGAUCCCAUGGCAUGUGAUGUGUUUACAUGCAUGGGUUGCCAUAGCAACCACGAUGGGGUCAGAAUGGGUGGCAUCUCACAACAUAGAGAAAUUGGUGCGUUGUUUAGAGUUCUUCGAAAAAAAAUCAUGGCAUGUUGAAAUGUGUGGAAAAUCACCAAAAUGUGUCCAAACUAUUUGAGGGUAAAAAAUUCAUUCCAAUAAAAUUUUCCAUUCCAUUGAAGUAUUCAUCGCUAACCACAGAUGCAUAAAGAUCCAGAUUGAAAAACCAGCCAGAUUGACAACACUCCGAGUGUUGUCAGUUGGGCUGGCAUUUAAUCUCGACUCCAUCAACAAACAUGAAUGUAAAAUCAGAUAAAUAUUUUUUACGAAAUGACAGUCAGGAAGAUUUCAUAGUAAUAACUAAGAUAGUCUGACAUCGUCACCUGCAGAUGAAGUUUUUUUCUCCUCAAAUUGCUGUUAUUUGUGAAAUCAGCGUUCAAGUUCAGCUAUUCGUAUUCACAAUAACUGCACUACAGCAUUGUGUAUAACUGCAUUUCACUUUCCUGGACCACCAGUAUUUACGAACGGCGCACCCCUUUAAAGGUACGUCAACACUGGCACUCGCACACACAUCACGUCACCUAGCCAAGACGUAUCUCACGUACUGUUAUAGAGCACCUUCAUUGACUGAUGACAGAACAUUUGCCUGGUUACAGAACAUUGCCUGGAUUUAGAAUAACAUGUUUGGUACAGGUCAGGAUGAAGCUUUUUGUGAUCCCUCUCUCUCUUAAGAGCUUGAUUGAGAUUUGAACUCCACUUGAGAAAAUAUAUAUCCUUUGAUUACUUUGUGAGGGAUUCAUAUCUUAGAUUCGUAAUUCGUAAAAAAUGAGACAGGCUUGUAGAUGAGCAGAUAAUCACCAAUUCUCAUCCUGGUCUUUACCUACCUGUGAUAUUAAGUAGUUUAUGAUAGUGUAAAUAUAGACCUCAGACUUCCCUGUGUAUUCAUUAUCUAUGUGUGGGUUUUGAGGAACAAUAUUUUCUUAUAUUUGAACUUGUGUUAUCAGUGUAGCUUUCGUCAUUCUUACUCCCUCUUUGACUCUCAAUUGAGGAAUUAGCAAGCUGGCUGUCCUUGGUUGUCUAAUCAGCCUUGAUUAGAGAACCAAGGAUUCUAAAUGGCCUCACAGUGAACGUUUGCCAUCAGGUUUCAAAGUGGCCCUUUGAUGCAACAUCAUGUACCACUGUGAUGAAAACAAGGCUUUAAUAGGGACUUAGGCCUCUUAGAAUUGAGCAUAAUGUGAUGACUUUGGGACUGAUGAUGCAGGUGAUGAUGUCGGGUUGAAUUAGUGACUGCAUUGUUAGUUAUUUUACUGGUAUGAUGUUUGGAGUUGUCUUGUCAGUAUACCUGAGGUGGCGAUAAUCAUAUCAUGAAAAUGAUUGUUUUUUUAUCGGGUGGUGACUUGAUUAUACAUGUACACCUCAAGCAUCUCUUGACAAGACAUUUCCCAGUAUUGGUAAGUUUUAUCGAAUAUCAAUUUCUUCUUUUAAAUCAGGACUGAUAUCAGGUCUUACUGAUAGUUUUACUGCUUGGCACAUAUUCAUGUUAUUACAUUUUAUGUUGUUAAUGAUAGAAUCUACCAAUGUCUAGGUUUCGUAUCGAGGCAUCUUUAAAAUCAUAUCUCUUUUUAUGUCUGCCGCCGAUAUUCGUGGCGAUUCAUUCCUUCUGUGAGAGGAGCUGUUAUAUACUUGUACAGUGCAUGUUUUCAUACUGUUCAUAUUUUACCAUAAAGGUUUUAGGGUUGUUUUCUUUAGCAAGGAUGGCCAAUAUUAUUGACCUAUAUAUCAGCUGACAUCUUGGAAGCAUAUCACUCUAAUGUAUUGGACUUGAGAUAGAUAAUGGCCGUCUGGUUAAAAUUUGAGCACAGUGAUGCUCUAUAAUCAUGUACAGUAACAUAUUCCAAUACAUGUUUAUCUAUUAAUAUCACUAUUUAAAGCUUAGUUGAAGAGACAAGUGAGAAAAUGCCACCUGUCAAAAAUGCGCAGUUAGAGAGUUCCAAGUAGAUGACAGCACAGUUAUACAUCUGUUGGUGAAAUGCUGAAUUCUGUUUUUCAGUGAAAUGGCCCAUUACUUUUACUAUACCUGGCAUGAGGUUGAUGUCAUUGCUGUCAUAUUGGACGGCAAAAUUGUGCUCUUGAAUGACAAAACAUGAUGUUGUAUCAGUGCAGCUGUGUAGCAAUUGAUAUGGCGUCAGCAUUGUCCCACUGACUUAGCAUCGUUUCAUUGUUUUCUAAGACCUCAUUUUCAGUCCAAAAGAUGGCGCCAUCACAGGUUAAGUCCGUCUAUGAAGUAAUAUUAUAAUUUUAAACUCUACUGCCUUUGUUUUGCUCACCACCCAGGGUGGUAAAUUUUAUCCAUUUUUUGCUGCUGGAGUAUAGAUAUUGAUGUAUUGCUCAAGUAUAAUGUUGAGCAAAUGUUAACAUGUAGGUAGAUCUUCAUCGUAUAUUACUACACUGUACCAUAACUUGAGAAGUUAUUUAAAUUUUAUAUCAAUAAUGGGUCAUAUUCAGCACAAAUAUCAUGAAAUUUAAAACAAGUGCAACCUGUGUAUAAGGGACAGUGAUUUAGGGCCCAAAGUGGUCCUUUCUAUAGAAUUUGACCACCGUAUCGUGAUAUGAGGACAGCACAUGUCAUCCACAGGGUGAUCCUAGGAGAGGGGUAUUACCGUCACUUACAUGUUGUAAAUAGACCAGACAUAUUCUGUCUAAACCAACCUUCACUACUGAAAUCAUAUCAUUGUAGAUUCUCAGCCAUUAUUAUAGCAAUUUAAGAAUAAUAAUAAAUUUGCUCAUUUUUCAUUAAA